UUUAUUUGAACUGAGUCAACAUGUCCUUCAUUUUUAUUAAUCUUUUAGUAGUUGGUUAAUAAAUAAAAACAUAAACAAUCAAGAAAAAACAUAAUGAUAUGUUUUAAUUACAGAGAUUGAUUGCGUAACGCUUCAGCCAUCAUAAGUGGACUUGUUUCUGCACUUUCUGCACUUGCUGAAGGCCCGUGGAUCCAAAGAUGGCUACUGCCCUUUGCCACGCCCACCCAAGUCCCACUUUUAUCACAGUUUUUCAGUAUUAAAGCCUUAAAUGUGCCCGAUCGUGGUAAUGACUUGUUGGCUGAGCCCUAUUAAUAUCCGAUAACGUAUUAAAAUAAAAUUGUGGUGUUUAAAUUGCGCACAAAACGCACUGUGCCGAAGUGCUUAAUGAGGGGUGUGUGCUGCUGUCAUCUUGCAAAAGGACGAUAAAUGAAUAAAAAUACCGUUUAUUUUUGAUCAAAAUAUAAAAUAAAGUCAUGAUAUAUUAAAAGUGUACAUAUAGACUGCACUAAUUUAGUGAAUUUUGCUGAAAAAUCGAUUUAACUCGGUUGCCUCUGAAUAUUCAAAUCGAAAGUAACGCGCAAUCAAAUCAUUGUCAAAUCAUUGAGUUCUAGGGGUUUUAAAUAGUAGGCAUGGAGGGAGAAAAUCCCAAACUAAUAUGUUCCCAGCUAUAUAACAAUAUUGUUGUAUGCCCUGACGCUGCUCUAACAGAUUUGUGUUGAUAUUUUUGGAGACUUUUGUACAAUUUUCGUUCUUGGUCAUUGUGCUGAGGCAGAAAAGGACAUUGAGGAGCCCCACGGGUCUUCAUCAGGGAAACUUUUCAUCAUCUCUGUCGUCAUGUCUGAUAAGCCCCGGGUGUACCAAGGAGUGAGGGUUAAGACCACAGUCAAAGAGCUCCUGCAGAGGCACAGAGCCCGCGAGGCCAACUGUAAAAAAGUGAAAACGCUAUCCCAACACUGCGUGGAUCUUCAGGCUUUAUGUGCGUCACCUCUUCCAAGUCGCUAUGUGGAUGCCACCGCCGCCUCCAUCGUGGACCCCGGUACUUGCAGCUCGACCGCCGUGCAGCUUCGCCCCGCCUCCUUCACAGUCCCCGACAACGGGUGCAGCAUUCAGGCACGGGGGAACAGCUUUACGUGCAGCCAGCAGUCGUUUGGGGACACGAUUAUGUCUCCUGACUGCUACAAUGGAAGCAACAUGAUCAACGACAGUGAUGGUUGCUACAACAGCUCCCUUCCUCUCCCUCCGUCCUUGCCGCUGCACUGGAGUCACGGCUUUGCCUUGGACUCAGACAACUAUGGCCCCGGGCUGGCUCCCUGCUCCUCACCAGAGUCAGUAAAGCUGUGCAGCCCAGUGGAUCACAACAGCUACUCGCCGCAGGAUUCUUUCUCAUCUUCCUCUUCCUCCUGCUACGAUUCGCCCACCAGGAUGGAGUGCAACUUCAUUAGCUACUCCUCAGAGCACUACCACAACCAGCACUGCACCCUUCAGGACUGUUACUGCCUGCCUCAGUGCUGGGCCGACCCACAGGAGAGCUUCUGCGCUACUGAAUACUCGCCUUACUUCCCUUCCACAGACUAUGCAUACCCUUGCCUCAUGGAAGAGAAUUAUUUCAAGAGCAAUAUUGCAAUGAGCACUGAAAUGUGUUAUAAUGUUUUAUGAUGACAAGUUUAUUGCUUUUCAAGCACCUGGUAAGGAUCUGCUUGUAACUCUAAGCGAGGGUGGCAUGGAUAUGAUAAAUGGAUAAUCGAUGGAUGAAGUGGCUGAAUUUAUCAGACUUUUUUAAAUUCCUCAGAUUUAUUUUCAUACUCAUGACAAGUUUGCUUUUUUAAUAAAAUAUUACAACACUCA